AUGUUAGUCAUGGACCUCACUGGACCUCCAGAGUUCGAUGCUGAGGGCGGCAUCUUCCCGGACUGGUACGCAGGCCACCCAGAGAGAUGGCAUGCAGCCUCAUCCAAGCACCUACAAGUGCUUUGCACUGAAACGGGCGAAUUCGAGGUGCCUCGCCGAAUCUCGGUGAACCUGGCCGCCUUCCGGAAUGCACAGAAUGUGGUGAUUUUCUUGGGAGAUAAGGAGACCUGGAAUGCGCCUGAGAGCCCCAAGUCUUCUCACGAGGAAUGCAACGAACAGAGGUCAAGCAUGCCAGUCUCAGACUUUGGGCGUUCCAGAGCCAAAUUGCGCUUUAGCCGAUCCUUGAGCCAGAAGAAUCUUGAGGGCAAGGAGGCUGCAGAUACUCCGUUGGAUUUCAUCACGGAGUUCAGAUAUGUUUGUACUGCCCAGGUCCGCAGAGAUGUGGACACUCACUUGAACUUGGUGGUUUUUGGCGCAGCGGGGGACUUGGCCAAAAAGAAGACCUUCCCCUCCAUUUUCCAGCUGCACUUGAACCGGGUUCUGCCCAGCAACAUCUCAGUGGUGGCCUGUGAUGAUCCUGGCUACCACAGCCACAUCUCAGAUGCACAGACCUUGCUCCAGAACCGUUUGAAGCCUUACCUGGAAAAGGAGUGUAGCAAGCCCAGCGACCUCCGGGAAUUCGCCGAAAACUUGCAGUUCGUACCCGUGAAUUUCAAGGAUGUGACAACGGUGCGAACCUUGCACCAGCACUUGCGCUCCAACGCCAAGGGGCUCGCAGACAAUCGAAUAUUUUACUUGGCACUCCCGCCUUUCCUCUUCCAUACCGCUGUGAAGUUCAUUCGCGAGGAAUGCUGGCCUGAUAAAGGCUACACUCGCGUCAUUGUGGAGAAACCAUUUGGUCGCGACCUGGCAUCAGCCAGAGACUUGUCUAGCCAGGUGUCUGAAUAUUUGCAGGAGUCACAGGUCUACCGUAUCGACCACUACCUGGCGAAGAAUAUGGUCCUCAACAUUUUGGCCCUUCGCUUUGCCAAUCGGGAGCUCGGUCGACUCUUUCACGCUGAUAAUGUCUCUAUCGUUCGGAUCACCUUCAAGGAAGACAUCAACGUCGCUGGCAGAGCUGGAUAUUUCGAUGGUUAUGGCAUUAUUCGAGAUGUCAUGCAAAACCAUCUUUUGCAGCUACUGACGCUGGUGCUGAUGGAAGCACCGGCUAGCCUGGACCCUGAAGAUGUCAGAGAUGAGAAGGUCAAGGUCUUGAAGCAGUUCCGUACAGUGAAGAGGGAGGAGUGUGUGGUUGGUCAAUAUAAUGGCUACCAAGACGAUCCAGCCAUCCAAGCCAUUAAUGAGAAGCAAGGCUACAAGUCAAAAUGCCCAACUUUCGCUGCAUGUGUUUUGCACUUGGACAAUGAGAGGUGGUCCAAUGUGCCAAUCAUCAUGAAAGCUGGAAAGAGCCUGGAGCGGCGAUCUACUAUCGUGCGCUUGCAAUUCAAAAAGGCUCCGCCCAACAGCCUUUUUGGGGAUCAGCCGCAGAACGAGCUGGUGAUUAGAAUUCAGCCAGAUGAGGCCAUUUACUACAGGAUCUUAGCGAAGACUCCCGGCCUCAGCGCCAGAGCCCAUGAGGUGCAACGCACAAUUCUGGACCUCGACUUGCGCAAAGACGAGGUCGGCCGCCUUCCGGAUGCAUACGAGAAGCUGAUCCAUGAUGUGAUCCAGGGCGAAAGCCACAACUUUGUGCGAGCAGAUGAGGUGGAAGAAGGUUGGCGGAUCUUCGAACCUUUGCUUCAAAGUCUUGAGACUCCCAGUGCACCACAUCCAUUUCCAUACGCUCAAGGCACACGUGGCCCACCAGAGGCCGAUGAGCUCAUCAACGGCACAGGCUAUAGGCGCUACACCGCAACAGGAGUCCAAGGUUUGGCACAAGACUUUCACCACUGA